AUGGAGUUUGGAGAUAACAAAAUGCUUUACCUGAGAGACACAUGGAGAGAAUCAAACAGGAUCUGCGACGUCAUGCCUCUCAAUCCUAGCUCCAAUGGCGUUUGGCCUUCACAGAAACUCCCAGAUCCUAUCGUCAACGUUGAUUUCUGGCUUUCUCCAUUUCCACACUUGCAGAUGAUUUUCAUCGUCAUCUCUUUCAUCUGGCAAUUCUUGCUUGCACUUCUUCCUUCAACGUCUCGGCAUGAUUCGUUUCACACUGGUGUUCUCUUGAGCAAGACGUUUCUAAGAGAGAACACAGCAGCGAGGAGAUUCUUCUCUACAGAAGAUUACAAAGAGAUUGUGUUUAGUCUUAUCUCUGCCCUCUCCUACAUGAUGUUUUGGUUCUUGAUGGGAGUUAAAAUGGACAUGGGUUUGAUCCGAACCACUGGGAAAAAAGCUAUCACCAUUGGGAUCUCCUCCGUUUUGCUCUCUACUAUGGUUUGCUCUGUUAUCUUCUUCGGAAAUCUAAAAGACGUAGGAAAGAAUAACUCGGCUGCUACUCUAAAUUCGUUAGAAUCCAUCGUGGUUUACUCAAUCCAAUGCCUUUCUUCUUUCCCAGUUGUUGGAAACCUUCUCUUCGAGCUCAGGCUACAGAACUCAGAGCUCGGUCGUCUAGCGAUAUCUUCCGCUGUGAUAAGCGAUUUCAGCACCUCUGUUCUUGCUUCAGUUCUCAUCUUCAUGAAAGAGCUCAAAGACGAGCAGACGCGGCUCGGGAGCGUGUUUGUAGGAGACGUGAUCGCUGGUGAUCGUCCAUUUCAGCGAGCAGGGAUUGUGGUACUCUUCGUUUGUGCUGCCAUCUACGUUUUCAGACCGUUGAUGUUCUACAUUAUCAAACAAACACCUUCUGGUCAUCCCGUGAAGCCGGUUUAUCUUAGCGCAAUCAUCGUUUUGGUCUCUGGAUCAGCCAUGCUUGCGAACUGGUGCAAGCAAUCUAUCUUCAUGGGACCUUUCAUAUUAGGUCUCGCUGUUCCGCAUGGACCUCCUUUAGGCUCUGCGAUCAUUGAGAAGUUUGAGUCGGCUAUAUUUGGAACUUUUCUUCCGUUUUUCGUCGCUUCGUCUAUCACGGAGCUCGACGUUUGGUCUUUGCUUGGCUGGAAAGAUCUCAAUGGUGUUAUAUUCAUCAUGGUAACAUCUUUCGUCGUCAAGUUUAUCUUGACCACUCUUCCUGCUUUGUACUACGGUAUGCCUAUGGAAGAUAGCUUCGCUAUCUCUUUGAUCAUGUCUUCUAAAGGCAUCUUCGAGCUCGGUGCCUACGCCUUGGCCUUCCAAAGAGGGUCUGUUCGUCCGGAGACCUUCACUGUGGCGUGUCUUUACAUAAUGUUGAAUUCCGCGAUUAUACCUCCGAUCUUGAGGUACUUAUACGACCCUUCGAGGAUGUACGCCGGGUACGAGAAGAGGAACAUGCAGCACUUGAAACCAAACUCUGAGCUAAGGAUCUUAUCUUGCAUUUACAGAACCGAUGACUUAAGUCCCAUGAUCAAUCUUCUCGAAGCUACUUGUCCUUCUAAAGAAUCACAUAUAGCUGCCUACGUGCUCCACUUGAUGGAGCUCGUGGGACGAGCACAUCCGGUCUUCAUCUCCCACAAGUUGCAGACUCUCAGAACAGAGGGAACGUGUUACUCAAACAAUGUAGUUCUCUCGUUUGAAAAAUUCGGCAAAGAUUUCUUUGGAUCGGUCUCUGUAAGCACAUACACGGCCUUGUCUAUGCCCGAUACGAUGCAUGGAGACAUAUGCAUGCUUGCUCUCAACAACACUACGUCUCUCAUAAUUCUUCCAUUUCACCAGACUUGGUCUGAGGAUGGAUCAUCUAUCGUCUCGGACAGCAACAUGAUCAAGAACCUAAACAAGAGCGUUCUCAAAGUGUCGCCAUGUUCUGUCGGAAUCUUUAUCUACCGAAGCAGGAACGGACGGAAGAACAUCAGUGAGGCGGUUUUAAGCUCAUCUUCCUACGAAGUCUGUAUGAUUUUCCUAGGAGGUAAAGACGAUAGAGAAGCGGUGACACUUGCAGCUAGAAUGGCUCGUGACCCUCGAAUCAACGUUACCGUGGUUCGAAUGAUAACAGAGGAUGAGAAAGAAAGAGAAAUCUCGGAGUGGGAUAAAAUGCUUGACGAUGAUCUGCUUAGGGGCUUGAAGAGCAACAAAUUAGCUGAGAUUUUCUACACUGAAAAAUCGGUCAAAGACGCGACUGAGACAUCGGGUGUGCUGAAUUCGUUAGCGAGCAAAUUUGAUUUGUUCAUUGUGGGAAGAGGAAAUGGAAGGAAGAGUGUGUUCACAGAUGGGCUUGAAGAAUGGAGUGAGUUUAACGAGCUUGGUGUUAUUGGAGAUCUGUUGAUUUCACAGGAUAUUAAGUGCCAGGGUUCUGUUUUGGUUAUACAACAACAGCAACUUAUGAUUUAG